ACAUUUCUCAAAUCAACCAUUACGACAUUCAAAAAAUUCUACUGCAACACCAUGCGGACCUCGUCGGGGAGCUCGCCGGCAGGGAGGUCGCGCCACCGGGAGCUCACGCCGCUAGGGGAGCUCGCCGGCUGGGAGGUCGCGCCGCCGGGAGCUCACGCCGCUAGGGGAGCUUGCCGGCAGGGAGGUCAUGCCGUCAAAAAAGCUCGUGCAGCCUCGUGCGCCGUCGCACCGAAUCUCCGGCGGCCACACUCACGCGCCACCACCCUGAAGCUUCGCCUCGGGCCACACCAUCGGCAGGGCAGCACACCGACGGUGGAGGUUUGGCUGAGCUGCGUAGGCCGUCUGCCAUUGAUGGAGAUGCAUGGGGAAUGGAUCACAGCAGCAAGGGAAAAAGGAGAAGGAAACAGUGGUGGGCUGUGGCCGGAUUUGAAAAGCCGCGCCUUGGCUCCAAUGAAGAAAAAAUUCGGGUCCGUGUCGCUCUAUCAUGUGGCUGCCGUCCAGCAACUAGCGUCCGAUAUUUUCUACCCAUCGAACGUAAGUACGGAAGCAUUACCGAAAGAAAAUCGACGCCAUCACCCCCACCAGCAGCGGCGAGCGGCGGAGCGGAGGAUUUGCACGGGGGCCUCAUGCUGACGGUCUGCGCAGCAGGGAGAGGAGGAUGGUGGUGGCGACCAUCAUGCGGAGGCAGCCGCGGGCCGCACGAGAACCAGGCUUGAGCGGGGGAGCGGAAUUCCCCAAGCCGAGCAGCAAGCGCGGGCAUCGGAGGAGAGGAGCCGGCGGCGGGACGUGCGGCUUCCUCCGCAGGAAGCGCGAUUUCCAACACCCAGUGCCCUUCUGCCGCUGAUAAAUCGAGGUACCCCACCCCCGCUCGUACCCUUGCGCUUCCUAUGUGAUCGAAGGUUAGAUCCCAUGUGCUCAUCACGAUCCCCGUGCUCUGUUGGAUGCCAUGAAUAAUGUUGUUGUAGCUACUGUUGGGCUUGGAAGGAAGAGAUUAGUAGGAAGUAAUUGGGAAAGGAAUACUUCUUUUGCAUGGCUAUGUAAAAUCUGUAACUGCAAAUGCAAAAAUCAUAUCAUAUCUUAUUGAUACUUCUAAAGCUGAAGUGAAUUAUUGCCAUCAAAAUGCCAGCCAGAAGCUUCUCUUAGAGAGAUACUAUUUUUGAGAGAACCCAAUGGCUGGCACCCAACCUGUAGGGACAAUUGAAUGACGAUAAACAACUCAACUAAUGAAUAUUCUAGGUCAACUUACUAUCUAAUAGCUGUGUUAAUUUCAGUAAUAUAUAAAGUGUAAGGUUAUGUGUUUUCCUGGUUUUUCUAUACAAUUUUCUCCUUGUUUGUUAUACUUUUUUUUCUAGCACAGCAAGGAAAUGGAAACUCGAAAAUGAUGAACCUGCUCUCUUUCUUUCUCUUAUCUAUGUGCUUUAUCUGUUUGAUCCUGACAUAACUUGCUAGAUUCAUUUGUUGCAUUCUGCAAUUUUGAUGCGGCUGGAAAAACAGAAGUAAAGUGCUAUGUAAUUUUGUUAUGAGCGUGGUGGGAUUGAGAAGAUUGUGGAGGAAGAAGUGACGGCGGCUGGCGCGCUACAGUACCCGUGUGCUACAGUAUCAUCAGGAUUUUUGGAAAAAAAAGGGCCUGCAAAACUAACUCACCAAGUCACCAUGAUCAACCUAGUUUAAAGACUAUCAAAAAGUACUCGUUGCAAGUUUUGAGUUUAUGGCAACUUAUUUUCUUUAUUAGUGGCAACUUAUUAUCUUUGUAGUAGCAACCUAUAUAAAAAUGAAUGUGGCAACUAAUGGUAUUAUUCUUUUUAACCUGUACAUUGUAAAAGGUGUAAAAAAACAUGGUAAAAGGUUCAGCAAACAAACUCAACAAGAUCAAUAGAAGUCUUGAAGAUGAUUAGAAAGAUCUCAUUAAAGUUGGUUUUGGCAACGAAUUGGAAAUCAAAUGCAACUAUAUACCAGAGAAGUUGUCUUACUAGCUCAUCAACAUGCUUUUGACACAAAACAGAUCUGAAUUGGUGGUUACAUUCAAAAAGAGCGGUUUCACUACUCCAUUACUUCAUUCCAUGUUAUAUUUUAUUUCUUUUUCACCAAUGUAUUAUUUUCAAUUCACAAAUUAAUUUUCAGCAUGGUAGUGAACUACAAUCGCGAACUUGAUGACUCAGCUCCCUCUCCAAGACUCCAAGGAGACGAACUAGAUCUUAUUUUAGUGUUUCAAAGGCUGCAGAGUGAGCUCAUGUAGCCUAGAAGUUAUAAAUAAAAAUUCAUGGAGAACACAAGAGUAUAACAAGAAUGAAAUUAUAAUAGAUAGACAAUGCUACUGUAGAUAAGUUGCCAACAGUCAGUUUUAUAAAAUGGCACAUGAUCUUUAUGUAACUUGAUCUUAUAUAUAUUGUAAAAUGUAAAUUCAAUACAAAUUACUUUGCAGUUUAUACAUAAGUAGCUACUCAGAUCCCUAUAUAAUUUGGUAUAUUAUAACAACAUUUAGGUUGCUCAACAAUCUAUAUAAAUUGUUACAAUGGAAAGCAUAAGUUGUUGUGUCAACUUAUGUUAUACUCAUUUGAAGUGAAUAUGUCUAUUUCUUAUUGUUAACAUCAGUGGUGACGGACUGAGGAGAGAGCAUAAGGUGGUACAAGAGAUACGUUAUCACACUGUAUAACUUAAGUUGCUACCUGUCUAUGUGUAAAUUUGUAUUAGGCCACAAGGCGUUAUACAUUUGUAUAUAAGUUGCCAUUUUAUAUUCAACAUAAGUAGAUAGUUAUAUAAAACGGUUUCAAAACAUAUCAAAUAUGGGUCUUAUAUUGUAGAUCUUGUCGUCAGGUACACAAUGGUGCAAACGAAUUUGAAAACGGAUGCUUGAUGAGAGAACCAUAGUAGUUCAAAGAAAAUACAUCUAACUUUUUGUGCCUGCAUCAGCGACGAUGUCAGUCGAAAGCCUAGUUUCCCAGAGUGCAUGGCGUUGGGGACCAAUCAGCCAAUCAGGACCAACCAUACCCGGGGAACAAGCUAGCAGGGAGGAGGAGGUGCGCUCCUGCGGUCCUGCCUGCCUGCUCAGGUUAGACGCGGUAGUACCGGAUAGGGUGUCGCGCGUUAUCCAGGUCCUUUUUUUCACCAUCUCACGAGCUCUGGCGCUUUGCUGUUGUGCUAGUACCUAAUACCGUAAUCAAGAAAACAAUGGUAGCAUUUUGCAGAUAUCUUUGGUUCAGGGUUACACAGACAUGAACCCGCGAGAUCUGCACAUGAAUGUGUAUGAAAACUGAGGACAUCCAGCAGCUCAAAAGUUCAGUAAGAACGUGCCUAUGUUCAUCAGUUUUUAUGAGUGGUUCUACUAGUGCAAGGAGCGGUUUACAACACGGGUGUCUAGGCAGUCCUGCUUUUUCUCAAAAGAAUAAAGAAAGGAAUAAUCUUCUGAAAAUGUUGCCUGCAUGACCUCAUAAUGUUGCAUUCAGUCCAUGAGACACAAAACGAGAUGUCUUUUUUAAAAGAAACACAAAACGAUAUGGUUACUGGAAAAGUUCAGUGCAGACCCUUCAUCAAUAAAUAAAUGAUAUAGACAUAUGAGUUCACGACUCAAAGCUAUAAUUCAGAAAACAUUGGUUGAAAUAUCAGGUAUGUCAGGAUUCAGGAGUAAGUACAGGCUACAGACUAAACCAGCAACAUCUAUUAUUUUUAUCACUCAAUAGAGAUGAAAAUGGUAGCUGCAACCAAUGUCACUGCAAAAACCAUUAUCCCAUCCAGACGACAACAGAGAUGAAGAUGAUAACUGUAACUGAAACCAAAAUGCUAAAACAAAUUGCUUCCCGUCAGGAUAAUGCCUCCAACCGUAAUAGAAGAAAACACUAGAGUUCCAAGUCUUCUGAAACUAUCCCAAUGAAGAAACAGCAGCCAACUCUCAUGUCAUUGCAUCCGGAGAGAUGAAUCACCAAGUUGUUGUCUGUAGUCCUGCUGUCAUAUGCUUCUACGGUACAGGUACGACUGCAUUCACCUUUGGGUGUCGCGUGUCUGCAACAACUGGAUUAUCAAAGUUAACAAUAUGAGUUUGGCAGAAUGUCAUGGAUGAUGUUACCGUUCAGCAGUUCCAUAAUCUAACAUACAUAUUUUAAUUGUAGAAAAAGAAAGUUUGCAUUAAGUAGGAAAAGAGAGAGAAACAAUCAGUAGAAAGAUCACCACAGUUGGCUUACUAGUGAAACAAUUGAAAUUUCUGAAUACUGUUUCAGAUUACUCCUAAGCAAAGUUACCAUUUCCUGAAGAACAAAUUGGUAUAUAGUUAACUAAAAAUAAGUACCCAAGAAUUUGAUUGUAUGAUUAGAUGUGUUACAAAUAAUGCAAAAUUCACUAUAUGUAAUUCUGUCGUCAUCAGUAUGAUAUUAUGAUCUACUGAACAUACCAUACAACAACUAUUUAACUUAUUUCUCGCCGGACAUUAAAAACAAACAUUCAAAACUACAAAAGUGUUAGAAACAAUGAGUUUUCAUUCAUAAUCGGAAGAGGAGAAGAUCAGAUAAACAAGUCCUUGAGAGACCACUAAGAAAACUGCAAAGUUCUCACGCGGUGGGGAGAACAACGUUGCCCAAGGGGUGUUGACCGCGAGGAAGGCGAUGACUAGAGGGGUCAUCCGUGCACUGGGGCCGGCGCGCAUGUACUGUGUGAUGUUGAGUUCGUUGACACAUAAUGCCAAUGGGACAUCCACUGCCUGUCUGCCGGCGAGGUGCGGCGGCGCGGAUCGACGAGGUGGCAGAUCUUAUCGCAAUAGAGGUCGAUAGCGAGGGCAACAUGGUGUGUCUCAGCCAUGAGCUUCUUGCAGAGGUGGGAGCCGAUGAAGCCGCCAGCGCCAAUCAUGCAAAUGGUGAGGGGCGCGGCGGGGUUGCUGCCAAGAUCCAGGCAGAUGGCCGCCGGUGAGGACGAGGGUGAUGGGGAGGUGCGAAUCGCCAGGCCGGCGAACCUAACAAUAUGAAUAUGAUGAUCUUUUUCUUUGAGUCAAAUAUUCAUCUCACUAUCUACUACACUAUUUAAAAAGAACGAAGUCUGUUGACCCUCCCAUGAGUCUGCCUCCUUUGCGUCUACCAACUCCAUACCUCAUCCGUUCGAUCAUAGAUCUGCGCCUCUCUGCCCCGUUCCUUCCCAAUCUGCCUCACCCUCCACGCCUCCCACCCCUGCCCAACGGCGGUUCCAUCUUCCCCCCUCGCGCCGCCCUCUCUCUCUCCACCGCCUCUCCUCCCUCCAUCCCAGACUUGCUUUGACCUGCGGCUACUCCACUCAGCUUCAAUUUCUUCGGCGACUCGUGACGCGCACGUGCAUGGGGGGCUACGUGCCCGCGGCGGAGGGCGGCGGCCGGGGACGAGGCGCUUGUCGUCUCCGCCAUCGCCGCCUUCUCCGCGGUCAUCACCGUCGCCACCUUCUCCGCGGUCAUCGCCCUUGCCGUCAUCCAUUCGGCAAUUAAUACAUGUACUGUUUAAAAAGAACGAAGUCUGAUGACCCUGCCAUGAGUUUGCCUCCUGUGCGUCUGCCAACUCCAUACCUCAUCCAUCCGAUCAUACAUCUGCGCCUCUCAGCCCCAUUCCUUCCCAAUUUGCCUCACCCUCUGCGCCUCCUACCCCUGCCCAAUGGCGGUUCCAUCUUUCCCCCCUCGCGCCGCCCUCUCUCUCUCCACUGCAUCUCCUCCCUCCAUCCCAGACUUGCUUUGACCUGCGGCUACUCCACUCGGCUUCAGUUUCUCCGACGACUCGCGACGCGCACGUGCAUGGGGGGCUACGUGCCGGCGGUGGAGGGCGGCGGCCGGGGACGAAGCGCUUGUCGUCUCCACCAUCGCCGCCUUCUCCGCGGUCAUCGCCCUCGCUGUCAUCCAUUCGGCAAUUAAUACAGGUGGAUUGAUCGAUCGAUAUCGUCGUUGAAUGCGAGCAAUGUGGAUCUUGCGUGGGUGUUCGUCGUGGUUGCUGACGGCGGUGGGUGGUGUUUCUUGCCAGGCGUACGACGACGCGCUGCUGGGGCACCAUCUGGAGCCGACGCCGUGCCGCCGUGGCACCCGUUCCCGCACGACAAGGGCCGGCCGUCGGGGCAAGGCCCUGUGGUGCGCGCCCUCCGUCGCCUGCCUGCCGCCGCUGUCGCUGCCUCGGAUGCCGCCGGACGCGGGAAACAAUGCCUCUCCGUCGUCGUCGGGGCCGCCAGGCGGCAAGCCGCCGCCACAUAAGUGCCCGACCUACUUCACGGCCAUCCUCUGCGACCGUACGCCGUGGCGCCGCACGGCCACCGGCAAGUUCGUGACCCGCGUGCUCCUCCUUCGCCCUCGCUCCGUGCCCCUGCUUCCUCACCCCAGCGCACAUGCUCUCGAGGGCCACGUCCGAAACCGUUGGCGAGGGCCGGCGGAUCCAGCUGCUGCGAAGGAAGGCGCGGUACCGCCGCCGCCGUUGGAGGUCGGGGCGGCCUAUGCCGCCCGCUCUCCGGCCCUGCCGCCGCACCGGGGAUGCUCAAGGUCGGGACACCUCGGUCGCGCCGUCCCCGACCGCCCGACGGUUCCCCGGCGGCGCGGUCGUGCCAUCCCUGAUGCUCCAGCCAUUCCACCGUGCAGUUGGCUGAUCUGCGGUUCAAGGUAUACUACUUCAAUCCUACUGUAUCGAGUGCGGUUCAAGGAUGUGCGAUGGACCGCCAUGCCGUCCAUGGGAGCAAUUGGUACGAGCAGAUGCGGACCAGCUAAGAGGAUGGAGGUCAAACGGUUUCAACAACGGUUUCAGCUAAAAACCCCAAUUGUGUUCUGGCUAGCUAGGUUGUUUGUUCAUUUGAGUUUCUUGGAGUGUUCAAAAUACAGCUGUGCAGUUCAUGGAGAUGGAGAUACUGAGUGUUCAUUUUUUACAAAUCGCCACUGUCCAGAAUAGAGAGGAGACGGCGACAGCACGCACGUGGCAGCAUGAGCGAUGGUUGACACUUUGUCAACCGUUCCCUCCGCAUUUUGCUCCCCCGUCCCCUCCGCCCCACCAUGCCCACUCGCAGCGGUGCUCCUCGCUGCUCACUUCCCCUCCUCGCCACGCUUUGCCCUCACCCUCCGCGCCAGCAUUCACCGAGGGCAUCAAGCAGCCGCUAUCGGGCCCAGAUGCGUCGCUGCUCAAGAUUGACGAGCAACAUGGUGGACCCGGCAAGCGGCAACCAGGACAGGUGCACUGUCCGCCAAUGCUCGAGAUACUGCCGUCGCGCAAGAGAUGCCGAAGUACUAUGUUGUACAGCUUGGCACUGCCGUCCCUCCUCGCCGAAGGCAGCAGCAAGCAGCGUGCAGGGUGUGGUCAUGCCCAUGAGGGCAGUGGCGCAAGGAGCAGGCAUCCCGUCCUCUCUUCCUCCACUCGGAGCAAAUAUCUAGAGGGUGCAUUCAGCGAGAAGCUCUGUUAAUGGCGAAUUGAAGUGCAAAUUGAUAGCUCCAAUCUUGAGGUCCUCAAAAAAGAAGAUUUGAAUAUUAUUAUGUGCUGUUUAAGUGUUGAAACGGCAUUCUAUAAAGGCUAUUGCAAUGGAAUGUUAAUUUGGAUCUACUCGUCGCUUUUUCCAAGUUGUAUUGGUUCCCAUAUGAACGUUAGUAGGGGAUUUUUAAGGAAGAACAUGUUUGAUGGCCAUAUUCUGCCUGGGCUUUGCUUAUUAAUGCCAGGCAUGGAGCUCCUUUGGCUUGUCCUACAAAGGUUGCAGAUUCGAAAGUGGACCCGGACAGUGGAAACGAAGUGGUGCUGUUCAUCAACAGCAUGCAAUUGAUAAAACUCCUUUAUUUGGCAAACGACACCAAAUCUGGAGAAGUCAUAUCUGUGUUGUGUUCCUCUUCAUCAGCUUUAAGAGUUCUUUGUGAAAGACUACUGAACAUAGGCAACAAC